AUGGAUCUCAUUCCAAGUGCCUUUGUGGAACGUCCAUUGAAGAUUGUGGUUAUCGGUGCUGGUAUCUCGGGAAUCCAAUUUGCACAUGAUACGACCACAUCAUUAUCAGGGGUCGAUCUCGAAAUAUACGACAAAAAUCCGUCCCUUGGGGGUACAUGGUAUGAGAAUCGAUAUCCCGGCUGUACAUGCGAUGUGCCUUCCCACACCUACCAGUUCAACUGGGCGCCCAACCCAUCAUGGUCAUCGCUUUAUCCUCCAGCUCCCGAGAUUCUCAAAUACCUAGAGGAUGUGGUUAACAGGCACAAUCUUCGCCGCUUCAUGACUUUGAACACUCAAUGCGUCUUGGCGCAAUGGAACGAAGAUUCUUCAAAAUGGAAAGUUGUUCUCUGCGAUGUGAAGUCCGGUGAAGAAAAGACCGUCGUUGCUGAUGUCUUUGUCUAUGCUGUCGGGCGAUUGAACGACUACAAGUUUCCUAAGAUUGCGGGCCAGGAAAAAUUCCGCGGAAUCCAAGUCCACACUGCUAACUGGCCAGCGGAGAUAACGGUCAAUGACAAGCGAGUGAUUGUGAUUGGAAAUGGCGCAAGCGCCAUUCAGUGCGUCGCAGCUUUACAGCCAGUUGUUUCACAAAUGAUCAACAUCGCGCGAGGACCAACGUGGGUUCUCCCACAUGCAUUGGCUGAAGACGGUACUCUCCAGCGCGAAUAUUCAACCGAGCAGAAGAAUGCUCUCCAGGCUUGCCCUGUGCGCUAUUAUGACUUUUGCAUCUCCGUGGAACAGAGACUUGCCGCAGGUUUCAUGGGACUCUGGAGAGGAACCAAAUCCCAAGCCCACUUUACAUCAUUGGCACAUUCAUUCAUGAAGUCCAAGAUCACAAACCCCGAUCUUUUGAAAACCCUUCUACCAGAAUUCGAAGCUGGCUGUCGUCGCUUCACGCCCGGUGGUCCCUAUCUGGAUGCGUUGCAGAAGCCGAAUGCCGGGUACGUGCAAGACUCCAUCAGCAAGCUGACUGAGGACAGCCUUAUAACCGAAUCCGGAAGGGAGUACGAGUGUGAUAUCCUGGUGUACGCCACGGGAUUCGAGCCCUAUCAGCCACGAUUCCUAGUCACUGGCCGCGCUGGACGUUCGUUGAAUGAAGACUGGGAUCGCGAGGGACCUUGCGAGAGUUAUAUGGCUGCGAUGGUUGCCGAGUUCCCUAACUUCUUUGACAAGAACGACAAUGGAAAAGUGGUUGUUCCCUGGCCGGGGACUGUCCUCCACUACUAUGCAGCAACUGAAAUUGUCCGCUGGGAAGACUUUGAUCUCGUCUACGAGAACCCCGAUGAUCCAUAUGCAAGUUUCGGCAAUGGUGUGACUGUUGAUGGAUUUGUGCCCAACCAUUUCCCCUGGGUCCAUCCCCCCAUGAAUUUUCGCAAGCCAGAAAAGAAGGUGGAGUCAGCUUCUUAA